AGACAGUUGGUUGUUGGUGGAUUUGAUUUUGACAAAAUGUGAUUUAUAAUUUUGGUGUGUAAGGCAUACAUCUUUUUAUCCUCUUUUUUGAAAGGACUUUUUACAAGAAGAUUUCUGAAGACCGAGAAAUCUAUUAAUGAAGCGAGUGCUGAAGUCAACAUGAGCGCACAAAAGUUUUCUGAGGUGGACACCUAUAGGUCAGACUUAAAGAACACAUCCCAAGAGGCCGCAAUACAGAAAUUAUUUGGUUCCAGCAGCAUUUUCCUCACCCCAGAGUUAAAACGUGACAGACCAGAGUUACAAGGCAUCCUUGUAAUAAAGGAGAAAGCAAACACACAUUAUCAAGCAGGCAAGGAGGCUGUGAUACAGUUACAGUUUGAGAGGGCUGUCAGUUGUUUCUCCAAAGCCAUAACGCUGCAACCAGAUCAGACUCAGCUCUAUGUAGAGAGGGCAGAGGUGUACCUUCAGCUGUGUGACUUCAAUUCUGCAGCCCUAGACUACAAACAUGCCUGCUACUUGGAACCACAGACCAAGACCCAUUUUCAUCGCCUUGCAUUCAUUUAUUACUUGAAGGGACAGUGUCUGUGUGACCAGGGUAUGUUCUUGGAUGCGUUGGAGUCUUUUGCCAAAGCGACUGAACUGAAGCCCAACUUUAAACCUUAUCACAUGAGAAGCUUGGCAUGUCUGAGCGCACUAGGUCGUUAUUCCGACUGCAUUCGGCUGGUAACUAACUGGCUAAAGACAGACGCUCCAUCGGCUGAUCUCUUCACUCUCAGAGCCCGCUUGUACCACCAAAUCAAUCAGGCUGCACUGUGUUACUAUGACCUAAAGGCCGCUCUGAGGCUCAACCCCAGUUGUGCAGAUGCGUUGUCCUUGCUGGAGGAGAUGAAGGAGGCAGCAGAGUGUUCUCAACAGCAAGCAGUGUCUAAAGCGGUGGAGGGAGAGCUGACUGACGCUCUGAGCAAGAUUACCACAGCUGUAGAGAAGAACCCUGAAAAGGCUCAGUAUUACCUCUUUAGAGGGAUACUCUACCGCAGACUGAAAGACUUCAUCGCUGCCAUAGAGGACUUGGUACUUGCCGUUGAACUCAGUGAUGCUGGAGCAGAAUGUUGUGAAAGAGAGAAGCCUGAUAACUCCAACAGUCUGGAAGAAGAUGCACAAGCCCAACUGGUGCUCACUUACAAUGAUUUUGCAGUCCACUGCUUCUCCCAGGGCUUCUACAGUGAGGCCAUCAUGCUUCUGACUAAGGCCAUCCAUGAGCAAAGAGAUGAAAGUGGGCUCUUCAUCAACAGAGGCGAUUGUUUUUUGAAGCAAGAGGAGUGGCUCUUUGCCCUGGCUGACUACCAGCAAGCUGAGGAGCUGGACCCCCAAAACAGAAGCAUUUGGUUUCGUCUGGCCUUAAUUCACAACACACUGGGACUGCACUGUUUUGGCAAACUGAACUUCCAGGAUGCGGCAGACAAGUUUUCCCUGGCCAUUAGGUACAACCCUGGGGUAGCUCAGUAUUAUGGAAAUCGGGCUAAGGCCCAAACCAGAAUGCACAAAAUGGAGGAAGCCAAGCUGGAUGCCCUCAGUGCUCUCAUUUUAGGUCCCACUAAUGAUGAGUUGGUCCCUCUGCUGCUGAGGCUGUUCCCAGGCUGCUCUUUGUCAGAUGUCAUAUCCAGUGCCACUGCUCAAACAGUCAAAGCUCAGUUGAUGGAGCGGACCCAGAUGUGGAAACUUGCUGGCCGUCUUACGUCAAGGCUUUCAGACAAGCUUCAGAGAAUGGCCCUCCAGCAUGACACAGACAGCCAGUCUGAAACAGCCUCUCAAAGCUCAUUAAGUGUGGAGAAUGUGGAAACAAAACUUAAACCCUGUGUAUCUCCCCAAGACCUGCUCAGCAGCAAGGAACAGGUGAUCCAGGCAGUGAAGAAGGUCCUGCAUCAGAGGCAGUCUCUGUAUCACACCGGACCCCGUCUUUCUCCACUUUGCCUUGCAGACGCCUCAGAGGCUGCUCUCUGUGCUGCCAAGCAUCCAUAUGCAUGGAGGAAUUUCAGAGGCUUAGGCCUUAACUGUUAAUGACUUGUCAGAAUGACUCUGUAGCAAUCAAGCUGCAAAACCCUGCAUAUAAUGACUUGAGUUUGACCCAAAGCAGAUUAAUCACUA